AUGAAGCGAGACGAGGGAGUUUUGUUUGCCUCUGCAGGGGCGCCUGCCCAAGAUGUCGUCGUAGGGGAGAUAGACAUUUCGACGAGCGGUCCUGAGUUAGAGAUUACAGAAGCGGAUGUUGAUGAAUGGAUCGUGCGGGCAAUGGAGGAAGAGGAAGAAAAGAGAGAAAAAGAAAGUCGGACGAAGAAAGGGUUAGAUAGGGGAGAGGGUAUAGUGGAGGAUCAAGAGAAGGAGGCGAGGAAAAAGCGGAAGCGGGGAUCCGAGGGUUAUGUUGGGGCGAGCAAGAGGGCUCGCAUUUUCAGAAGAAUCGAAUGCUCCUUUCCUGCGCUGGCAUCGGCGCACGACCAUCCCCCGAUGCUUCCUACUGACACGCGCCGCCUUCUUUUUCCCAGAGAUAGACAAAUUUUUGAGCGAAAGGGUUUGACUAGGGUGGUUCGUGAGUCAGUUCAUGAUUCUUUCAAGCUUCUGCAAAGUAGCCUCUUCGUCGAAGAUGAAAUAGUGCGGUUGCGGGCUGAGCUAAACAAGUCUAAGGAAGAGGCGGAAGAAUUAAGGACAUCGGUCGACGAAGCCAAUAGUCGCGCGGAAACAGCAGAGGCCACUCUCGCUUCGACCGCCACUAGCGUUGCACUGGAAAUGGAGAAGUUAAGGGCGGAGGUCGAGCGAGUUAGGGCGGACGAACAAAGCGCGAGGGUGAAUGAAGCCAGGGUUGUAGAAGAAUUGAAAAUUGCUGAUGAGCAAAUUCUUGCUUUUAAAAAGUAUAAGUCUGAGAUGGACGUUGUUCUGGAAGAGUACCAGGCGGCGAAAGACCUAGCAGAUGAGAUGCGGAAAAAGCUGAUGAAUCAGCUCUCGAUUUCUGAAAGGGAGAGAACAGAAGCCUUAGCGAAUGCUCAGCGUGCAGAAUCUGAUUUGGCGGCUCUUACGAGAAAGAUGACCAAGAAGACCAAGAAAUGGCACAAGCGAAAGGCUAAAUUUGACAGCAAACUUAAGGAGGCGGAGGCCGCUAGGUUGGCGAUCGAAGCUGAUCAUCAUGAGAAGGUGAAGAUUAUCGGGGGUGUGGCAGGUGCCUUGGCUCGUCUUGAAAUGCUAAAGGAUUAUAGGGAUGGACGGGAAGCAACUUGGGAUUUGGCGGAGGAGAUAGCUGAUUGCGAAAUUGUAUUAAAGAAGUUCGGCCACUUGUAUGAGCCUGUUGGAAGCGGCGAAGGUGAAGGCGACGAAGGUGCUGAUGAUCUCGGGGAUGACGACGGCGAUGAAGGAAAUGUAGGUGGCCAUAGGAGUGAUGAAAGAGUGGGUGGUCAAGGCAAGAGCGGAGCUGAAGAUCGGGAUGACUCUAAGUAA